AUGACGGUGUCGCUGAACCUCCUGACCACACGGCAGCCACACUCGCUGGGCACCCUGCGAAGUUUGACAAAAAAGCAAAAGAGCUGUAGGAAGGCGGCGAGAGAAGCCGUUGUGCCGAAGCUCCAAGAGUGCGAAAGCAAAAAUAAAAAAAGCAGCGGGGCACAGCUUGCCCAGCCUCCGCUGCUUACGCUGCUGCUUGCGAUGCGCAGCCUCGCGCUCCAGCCGCGCCCGCUCCUCUCGCCCAGUUCCAUCGGAUGCCGCGCCCUUGCGCCGACCGCCUACCAGAGCGCCCUCUCCGACGCCGUCCUGUGGGCCGCCGACCCGAUCGUUGGCGACGUCGUCGGCCCCGUCUGCUCCGCGCUCACGUGCCGGCUCACCCUCGGCGCACUGCUUGCCGCCGCGGCGGCGGCUCUGCUGUGGCUGCCGUUUGGCGCCGUGCCCGCCCGUUUGCUGCCGCUGCUGUGCUGGUGGACGGUGCCGCUGUCGGUGGUCUCGUACUACGGGCAGGUGGCCGACACGCGGCGCACAGGCCAGUACGACGCCACCCUCGCAGAGGUUCGGCUCCGACUAAUUGGCUCGCUGGUCCGGGUCGGCACGACGCUCCGCUUCCUCGCAGGUGACCGCGCCGUGCUGGCGAACCACGUCGUCGGCCUCCUCGGCUGCUCGCUCAUCCUCCUCGCGCAGCGCGAGUGGCGCAAGACGGGUGCCCUCGGCCGCGUCGAGCUGCGCAAGGCGCUGUCGCGCGACAACUGGCGAGACUACCGCUCGCUGGGCGGCUUCGAGGGGCGGUGGAGCUUGCGAUGGAGGUAUCAGUUCCGGCGCGACUUUCGUUAG